CUUUUUUCCGCCCAGUGAAGCUUCGCGGCUAUGGCGACGCCUUCGCCGUGACAUCUCCCAACCAGGUCAAUUAUACUUACGACAGACCCAGUCAUGGCGGCUAAGCUUCAGAUACACAAGCCAUAUGUGCUUCAAGCACUCCCGCAACCCCUCGACGGCCCCAACGGCCCGGGUCGCUACCUUGCCGGGGAGGUUUUCGGCCAGAAACAGGACGGCAAGCGGCGGAAAAGGACCGAGCUCGCCGUAGCAAUUGACGGUGUUGCUGUAUAUCUAUACGAUAUCAUCUCCUCUCAGGCCGUCACGUCCUACCUGGUUUCGCCCCAAUCCGUCUUCACCUGUGCGCCGUACUCGUUGCGCUGGAGACAGGCGUCGUCGAGGACGGCAACGCGGUAUACAUAUGUUUCGCUCUCAACCAAGAGUGCUUCCUCCUCAUCCUUGAAGCAAGAGAUUAAGUUGUUCAAGGAGGAGACCUCGGGGACUGGGACGACUACCGCCACCCCCGUUUCCCGUGCGCUGGGCUGCGAUGCGCCGAUUGUCCACAUAUUCGCCAGCUCGCCGCGUGCUGCAAUGACAAACUUGGUGCGGGACAAUAAUUCCAAUCACGACCUCGUUCUCUUGGCUGCCGAUGGCACGAUCUUGUGCUUAAAUGGGGAGACGCUCGAGGAAAAGUGGCGGGCGUCGUCGUCGGUUCUCUCAAAAGAGCUUCUCAUAGACUCAAAGCUAGGUCUACGUGUGGAUUUUGUACAGCCUACCCUGGCCGCGGAUGUCGUCGACGGAAUGUUUGGCGGCAGGAACGAGCUUUUCGGGGUUUUCCAGGAGAAGAUCCACCGCGACGGCUUCAACCCAGAUUUUCUCGUCGUGAUAACCGCGAGCAAGGCGUCCCAGGCGCGGCACUUGCACAUUCUCGCUUUGCCUUCGGAAAGGGAGGCACAGCAGACAGGCAACGAGCGGCUCAUUUCGGUAUUCGCUGCUCCACUUCCCGCGGAGACAGGGUGCACGAGAUACCAGCUGGAUGUCAGAGCCGGGACACUUCAAUCGCUGUCUGGUGGCACAAUCGCCACUUAUGCCUUUAACAAUGGUAUUCCUCGAUUAGAAAACAGGCUUCAAGUUCCGGCGCUAAGCUCAUUUCUCCGGCUAUCCAAGACAUCCGUCCUCGCAGCUGCGGGUAAUGAGUUUGCGGUCUACAAUCCCAUCUACAGGUCGCUCCAGGCCAGCACCCCUGUUGACCCUGAGAUAGGUGGAGAUGACGGUAGCGCUUUUGAAUUCGUCACAUACCUGGCAAGCCGGGAAAUCGUGGUUGGGUUGCGUGGACAAAAUCUCAUCGCCGUCCAGAUUGAGGCGCCAAAGAAUCGAAUCACUAAGCGUCGUGCAGAAGGCUUGCUGACUGACGCAAUUCGCCGCGGCAUUCCCCGAGAACCACCUUGCGAGAAGCGAGUUCGAGCCGACCAUCUAUCUUCUGCCAUUCUCGCGGAGCCUCUACCUGGUUCCACCGAGGCAUCGUGUGCGGAAUGGCAGGCCCAGUCUGCCCAGGCUGACGAGUUCCUUCGCAACAACGACCUUCGGUCCUGGGAAAAGCUUUUGGCCGAGGCCUUUAAGGUUCCUACCAAAUCUAGCGAAAGCGAAGGUGAAAAGGGAGCGCUCACGGAUGGAGCCGCUUCCACCGCACAGCUACCCGAAUGGGCAUGGCCAUCAUCAAGAACUGAGUAUGCUCGCGUCGAUAGGCGUUGGGUAUCCUAUGCCAUCAGCAAAGUUUUCACCUGGGGUGAACAGAGUCACGGCCCGGACAGCCUGCGGCUCGCAUGCCAAUUCCCAGAGAGCAAUGUUCUCACUUAUCUCGUUGAUGCCGGGCACCUGUCGACUUCAAACAUAAAGUCUGCUUUCAGGGACGAGGUUCGAGAGGUGGACGAGGUUGAAGAUAUCAUCGGAAAGGACAUCCCCAUCCUGCUGGCCCAAGCCGACCCAACUAUGCAGCUCCUUCUGGGAUACCUUUCUGGAACUCAGCUCGGAUCGACGGAGCUGGUUUCGUCCAUCAAACUUCUGCUUCGCAGUCUCGGCUUGUUCGAGGAUCCAUCGAAAUCGCUGGUGCGGCUCACGGAGAAUGGCGAUGAGAUGCAUGGACAGGAGAAUGAAGCCAUCAACAUGGAACUGGAUCGGGCGGAAGAAGAAUUACAGAUUACGGAGCAUUACCUGGGUGGGCACCGGACAAGAGGCUUGGGAGUGGCUUUCAGCAAGUUGGCGGCUUGUCCCUCAGCCGCGACGGUUCAAAGCCUUCGCCGUCUCUUCAAGCCUGAGGAGAUUAUUGGCCUAAUGAAUGUGUUGCGGGCCGAGCUCAUUAAAGACGGCUGGACGACUCGGUAUCUCGACCGAACGGGCGCGGACCAAAGCGAAAUCGAGGCGCCUCCCGAUGGCAGCAUUCAGCUCAUUGCAGACCUGAUGUCCAGGUGUAUUGACUCGGUGGGCCUGGGGGGAUGGAUGGCAUCGGACGCCAUGCUCGCAAGCUCCCGCAACCAAGAAGACUCGGCCGAUUUCUUCAGCCAGUUCCAGGCGGAGGUCAGUGUGGCCCUGGAGGGCAUUAUGGAGGCCGUGCAUCUCCAGGGAGCCCUGGCCGAGGCUGUCAGCUACGCAAAGAGAGCGAGGAAGGCUCUCGCGGGGUUGGCAAAGGGUAAGGCCGUCUCUCAGCCCAUCACCGAAGAGCUCCCGCUGGGGCUCAAGACGGAUACUCGGGUCUCUACGGAAAGGGUGAGGUCGGGUGGUGAAAUUGUCCCUCGGAGCAGCAGGCAGGUUGGGCACUUCGUCAGCAAGAAGCGGGGCAUUUACUCGGUGCAUCGCAUUUCGGAGGAGACACUGCGUGGUGGGGCCGGCGCCACGGUCGUCCAGGAAGCCCGCUGAGUCCGGAGAUAGGGGGUUUUCCAAGCAAGGAGGCUCAUGUUCAUGCUUGUGUUCGGAUCUGUUGGCUGUGGAUGUUAAAAAGGUGAUGCUGUGAUUCUGGACCGUGCAACGAUACCCACAGAUGAGCGUUUCAAACCUUGUCAUCAUAUCAGCGUUAGGC